AUCGAGCAUAACUGCGCUUGAUUCCGCGGAAUGCCUGAGAAUAAAGGCUUCCUUCAUCAGUCGAUUACAGAAUGCAGACGAGAGUGUUUAUACUGAUGGUCUUAGCCAGCCUGGGCUCAGCUGCCACGGGUGUUAAUGGGCUUGCCGGCUUCCUGCUCCACACGCGCCGCAUCCAGGAGAGUCCGCAAAACCUUGAGCCGGAGGUGGAAUCGCUGGUGCGCAGUUCGUUCUAUGCCGCCGAUCCCGUUGUACUAUCCGUUCCCCGCUGGCUGGGCAACAAAUCAUCGCCGGAGCACUCGGCUGUGGUGGCCGCCCAACUGUCGCAGCGGGAGUGCAAUGUGAUCACCGUGGAUCUGGCGGAGACCACCAACGAGGCUGCCAUCACCGAGAGCGUGGGCAACCUGAUCGAGCUGCUACACCGCCAGUUUGAUGUGCCGCUGGAGCGGAUACUGCUGGUGGGUUUCGCGGAAGGUGCCCAUCUGGCGGGUGCUGUGGCUGCCAAAGUCGAGAGCGAUCUUGGGCAGCGAUUCCCGCACCUCACAGCCUUGGAUCCCACGGAAGCCUCACUGGAGCAUGUGCUAUCGCCCUCCGACGCGCAGUUCGUGGAGGUUGUGCACACCAAUGGCGGUGGCUUGGGCACCCUGGAGCGCCUGGGCCAUGUGGACUACUACCCCAAUGGAGGAGAGACCCAGCCAGGAUGUGUGGAAGAUUCCUGCUCGCAUGAGCGGUCCUUUGAGCUGCUGGAAGAGAUGUGGUCCCACGAGAACGACUUUGUCAGCGCUCUCUGCGGCUCUGUAGAGACAAUGAGCGUUCAAAACUGCCGCUGGGUGUCCCUCAAGAUGGGACAAAGGAGCCAAAGGGAACCCACCCCCGGAAUCUACUUCCUGGAGACGCGCAGCUCCCAGCCCUUUGCCAGAGGAGCCUACCACAUCAGCUUUUUGUGAACAGACCCAAUAAAGAAGGGAAACAAAGGAACAGGCAGGCCCUGUCAUUA